AUGAGCUCGAGCAGCGUAAAUUCACGAGAAAUAAUUCUGAAAAUAUUCUCAAAGAAGCACUCACUCUCACUGACACCACAAUCACUUGGAUUUCUUCAGAAUUUAUCAGAAACUUAUUCACUCAAUUCAACGAAUCUAGCAAGCAUCGCUGAUUCUCUAGCGCUGGCAUAUCUCAAGCAAGACGACUGCAGCUCCAUUGUAGACGCAGAUGUACUCAAGAAGGUAUAUCUCAAUCUUCAGCUCAACUACGCAGGUGGAAUAUCCACGCUCGAUAACGAAGACUACGUCAAUGAGGAUGAAAUUGAUCCAAGGAAUUACUUAAAGAUCGUAGACGCUUUCGAUAUUCCCAGGUACUCGUACGCUGUUGAUAACAAAUCCUUCGUAAAGCACAACACACACAGCAUCGCUGCCCACCCAUCCAGUCUCUCUCAAUUAUGGCUCGAUAGGUACAACACUAUCAAGCAAAUCAUUCUCCGCAACGAGUUCUUCUCCCCUCCUUCCACCGUCGCCGCCAACAACCACGAUAGAGACAAUUACAUGAAAAUUACUUCCACCAAGAACCUUCUCGGUAGACACAAUCACCGCUUUAUGCUCUUUGGUAUGCUUUCACAGACUACUGAUGGCAGACACGCCCUCCAAGAUCCAGAUGGUGUCGUUGUGCUGGAUUUGAGUGAUGCUGUUCCUGGUGAAGGCUUGUUCACUGAAGGCUCUUUUGUUCUCGUAGAUGGAGUUUAUGAGCUGCUCACAGAUGAACCCAUCUUCAAAACAUAUGGUAUAGGCCAUCCUCCAUCUGAAAAACGUUCGUCGUCACAAGAUGUGCAUGGUCAUAUUGAUUUCCUAGGUCUUGGCGGUAUUUCACUUAAAGACCAAAAACUUUACAACAGAAUAGAAAAAAGCUUAGAUCACAUAGGCUUUAUAGUGUUAUCCGACGUAUGGCUCAAUGAGCUCUCUACACAGACAUCACUCAGGCGUUUAUUUGAAGGCUACAACAGCGCUUUUAACGACUUCAGACCACUAAUGUUCAUUUUUUGCGGCAAUUUCUCCUCACAGCCCAUCACCUCUUCUCGUGACAUCCGCGAAUAUCACGACUCGUUCAAUAAGCUAGCCGACAUAAUAUGCGAAUACCCAUUGUUAGCACAGCACUCAACAUUCGUCUUUGUUCCCGGUCCCAACGAUCCAUGGAGCUCAGGCACAACGACUACACUCCCUCGCAAGCGCAUACCCACAACAUUCACGCGCACAUUCGAAGCUAAAGUGAGUAGGACGUAUUUCACCAGCAAUCCAACUCGUAUACGCUACUUCAGCCAGGAAAUAGUGGUAUGUCGCGACGAUGCCAUGUCGCGGAUAUUGCGCAACAAUGUCAAAGUGAAGGAGGAGAAUGGAGAGGAUGGGGAGGAUAUGGAUGUCAAGCUGAAAAAGUUUCUCGUACAGACCGUGAUUGAUCAGGCACAUCUAAGUCCAUUCACCAUCAAUACUCGUCCAGUGCUAUGGGAAUACGAUCAUACAUUGCGAUUGUAUCCUAUACCCACCUCACUCAUCCUCGCUGAUAAGUAUGACAGAUAUGAGUUGAAGUAUGAGGGUUGUAGAGUGUUUAAUCCUGGCUCUUUCUCAUUCGGUAUGCUUGGAAGCGAUACUAGCAACAGCAAACCCAGGUUGUGGAGUGUGUAUAGACCAUGGAACCAAGAAGUUGAAUACUCUGAGUUGCCCGGGGAGGAGUAA